GCAACCUUCAAAAUCUAUAGCAGGCAUUCGGGCCACAUCUUUCAUCCUACGUGCAAUCCUUGUGCUAUGAGUGCACAGAGCACUCAGAUCGUAACUAGCUCCUCGAAUGCCACGACAACUGCCAUUCCUGAGAGCCAUUCUGUAGUAGCCGGCGUGAGCUCAGACAACACGCAGGACCAUCCUGGGUCGCCCAGUAUACCAGAAGACGAAUCUGCUCAAGACACCAAGACUCGCCCCAAGAAACGAGCCAAGAAGUCUACUGACAAGGGUGCGAGCAGGAACUCAAAACGAACCGGUAACGCUGGCGGACGGAAGGUCGUUGGCCGUCUGAGUGCCCUACUCGAUAUAUCUUUGGAUAUUCUCUAUGAGGUGCUGGGCCAUCUGCUGCCUAUAGAUUUAAUCAGCCUAUCUCGCGUCUCAAAGUCUUUCCGGAAUGUUCUCCUGUCUCGUAGCUCGCUAUUUGCUUGGAAGGCAUCGUUUGGUAACAUCCCUGAUUUUCCCGCUUGUCCUAACGAUGUUCCGCUUCCCGUGUGGGCCAAUCUCGUCUGGGGCGGCGUCUACUGUCAUUGCUGUGGCAACAAACGCGUUAUGAAAAUCGAUUUUCUACUACGACGGCGAGUGUGUACUGGCUGCUUGAAACAAUAUAUUUGCGACUCCCCUAUUGCAAUCUUUACCCUAGCUCCGGACAUACCACAGACCUUGUAUUUCUGUAUACCACACACACUUGAGGUUAUGAAGCACUAUUCUCGCCAUAUAUGGUGGAACGAAGAUAUUCUAGCCUUUGAGGCAGAUUUUCAUGCCAUGCAGAAGACUACCAAGCAAGGCGAUCGACAAGCCGCCCUCGCAGAGUUCAAACAGGCCAAACUCUCAGAGCUCCAAGCUAGAAAAGACAUGGCGCUGUCCUGGUCGGACUGGAUAUCGCGAAACGCAGCGGAGAAGGCAGAUAAGCGCGAAGCCAAGAAAGCAGUCCGCAGAGCUGAAGUUCUCAGACGUUGCAUUGAACUGGGAUACGAAGAGACCGACUGCCGGGGCGCAUUAAGGCACCAUUCCGUCAACACUGAGGCCAAGUUAACAGAGAAAGGAUGGGGAACUAUUCUGCCACAGAUAGUCCCCCUCAUUGAGGCUGCUAAUCUCGCUAGGCUUCAUCGUGAACGUAAACGGCGGGAAGAAAUUCGACUCAGAGCGGUUUAUGUGGCGUACUACGAUAUCCUCCGGUCUCUGUCACCUUCUGCCCUCGAGCUCUCCUGUCUCCUCGGCGAGGAAGACUUCCGCUCUCUGCCCGAGAUACAUGCCCUGGUUGUCGACGACACGGAGGACAUAGAAGAACGAAUAGCCCAGAUCAAAACCGUCUCCACGUCCCUUACACCCAAAUUAUCUGUUAUGGCCUGUCACCGAAAGGAGUCAAUUUUCGCCCUACUGCAAAACACCUCUGAACCCGCCAGGCAUCCCGCUCCUUCAGCUGGGUCUGGUUCCCUUGGACAGUUCCAGCUUGCCACAUCGAUAUUCGUUUGUGGCGCUCCUGAAUCACCUUCUUCUUCGGCUUCCCCGCUCCACGGUCUCCACGUCUUUGGACAUACCUGCAAAUCCUGCAAAAUUGACUCGGAUAGCACGACAAAUGAACUUCCCUUCGAUAUGAUCCUGCCACGUUUCAGCGAGAAAGGAAAAUAUGUAGUCGUCGCUAUCCUAAACCGCUUGGGCUUGGAUGAGAAAUCUACCACUUCCAUCGACAUGGAACGGCUCGAUAACCGUUUUGUUUGUAUGGACUGUCCUAUCGAGCAUGAAGGCGAAGAGUGGGGGGGAAAUGGCCCGCUCGGGAGAGACGCUAUGACUUGGUGGAGUUUGCUCGACCAUAUUCUUCAAACCAACUCCAAUACGCCAGAUUCCCACAUCAGUUCCUCCUUCUACGUGCUCACUGACGCUGAGGCAAGCUCCAUCAAGUCUCGCGAGCAAAACGGCCCCUUGUCUAGAUUCCUUGAAUGCUUCUUGCGGUUCGGGUGCUACCAUUGUGACCUUCACUACCGUGAAGCUACUCUUCCACCGAACUCAUUUGGAGGGCUCGGGGGACCGCAGAGCAGUGAAGCAUAUCCGCACCGAGGUGCUAUGAUUGCACAUAUACAGGCAGUGCACGCAAUCCCCGACCCUCAGAUGCACCGUGACUUCUUUCCCAAGCCUCGGGGCCGUUAUCCUCUCCCACAGGAAGUAUGGUUUCAAAUGACAAGUUAAAUGUACCCCUGUUCAUGUGGAAUGGUGUACGGUAGAAUCUGUCCAGUCUUUAUUUUUAUAUUUUGGCCGUGACGAUCCCGACCGCUGCUUUCCUCUCUGAAAGGCAGAUCUUUCGGGAGCGUGUGUCUUCCUCUUCGUUCCUCUUCUUGCGUUUGCUACAUAGGAACAAUGGUUCUCCUGCAUUUCUCGGUGUUCCGCUACCAUCCUCCAUACCUCGCUUGUUGUCUUUGGACUCUAUUUUCUUGUCCAAACGGACAUUUUGGCUUGCGGACUGUCUCGGACGGUCGACUACUCGUCGUUCUGACCCCAUUCGCCACGUCCUCCAAUCAUUACCCUCUCAUACUUAUUGCUAUAAUCCUGCACUUUCAUGUACUAUACCUACC